AUGGAGUAUUCUACAAUGGAGGUUGAUGAAAUAAAAUCUGAAAGACAUGACGUAAAAUUGCCCUUUUCCAUAGAUAAUUUAUUGGCUGAUAAAUUUGAAAAAUGUAAUUCGAAUGACUGUGAAGCGUCGACUAGUGCGGUGAUCAGUGAUUUGAAAAGUAAUUUUAUUAGUGAUGUGUCCGAUAAUGUGGAUUCUGAUGACGAUAGGUGUAGCAAUAGCUCUGAAAAUGUGGACGUUGAAAGUUCUACAGUUGGAGAUGCGCAGGAGUUUCUCGACGCUAAGACUGCUGAUUAUGGACAAUCAGGAACGUGUUCUUCUCGGGGUAAACGCGCAAGAACAGCAUUUAGCGCGCAACAGAUCAAGAGCUUAGAAGCUGAGUUUGAAAAAAACCGUUACCUUUCCGUGGCAGCAAGGGGACGACUGGCAAGACAGUUACGACUCACUGAAACACAGAUAAAAAUAUGGUUUCAAAACCGAAGAACAAAAUGGAAGAGAAAAUAUACGAAUGACAUCGAGUUACUCGCUCAACAGUAUUACAGUAGUCUUGGUAUUGUCAGCCCGCGGCCAAUGUUCGUCGGCGACCGUCUCUGGAUCUUCAACUACCCAAAUCGAGUCCCACCUACUCAACAACAACAGUGGAUGAAAUCUUUAAAUCAUAUGAACUCACAAAACCAAAUUAUCGACAGAACUAGUAUGUUCAGAACAUUACCAAAACCAGAUAUACCUAUCAUACCUCCGAGUGUGUAUCCAAACGAUCGGGUUUACAUGGACCGUUUGAAUUUGGCGGGAAGUGCAAAUGUCAAAAUUGCUACUCAAAAUCGCGUUUUGCCACGAGAGAUUUAUAACAAUAUGGCUCAAAGAAGCCUCGAUGUGUAUAAAAAUAAUAUAUUAAGUCACAGUAGCCCUCCCCAGGAGUCGAAUGUUGAUCAUUUGAGAAGAUUGGAAGAAAACUUUAGUAUUUAA